CUUACAUGUAGACUCAGAGUUCCUGGUACUUACCAACUCACAUCGUUUGGAACGCCCCGAGUGACCUCUGACCUCGUCGCGCAUAUAACUGCCUACAAUUUCGCAACUGCACGCGCGAUGCCGAAGUGUGCAAACCCGCUGUUCCUGCGCUGGGUGAAGGAAUUCCACGACGAGAAGGACUACCGCAAGCGCGGCGGGCCUCCGCGGGCGACGGGCUACGAGAAUGCCGUUCGCGCGCUCGAGAUGUGCACGCAGACAUACGCACAUCCGGCUGACAUGCGCGGGAAGGUCUCCGGCGUUGGUCCGACGACCAUCGAACGGCUGACGGAGAAGCUGGAGGAAUACUGUGAAAGGAGGGCGAUGCCAAUGCCAGAGCCAACACCAAAACCGGCCCGUGGUCGUAAGGCUGUCGCUGCCAAACCCAAGACGCCUUCCAAGGCUAAGGUAGAGAAAGCCGAGUCGGACGACGAGGACUUUACCCCCACGAAGAGAAAACGCACACAACGCAAGGCUGCGGCGUCCAAGGCGAAGGUCAAGCACGAGGAGGAUGAGGAGGACGAGCCUGAAGACGACGACGAAUACGAGGACAAGCCUCCGCCGAAGAAGCGUGCCAGGCGCAUGCCGAAGAAAACCCAGGAGCCCGUGGAGAUCAUCGUUCGUGAAGUUGAAGAGUCUGAGUAACUUCAAUGAGCAGUGCAUACAGCCUGACGAGGAGCGAUGUGGUUGUCUUCCCGUAUACUGUAGUCGUGCCUAAUCUUGCUGUCCUGGCUGCAUUACUUAUCUGCUUCAUGUGUACCACUAGCACACCUCAUUUGCUGGAUGUAAGUUACCGUAACGAUAAUCCUAGACUUCUCCGUGUAUGCUUGAAUGGUGGAGCUCGAUGUGAAUGACCUG